AUGAGCUUGGAAAGGGCUGAUUUUCUUCUUGGCUCUGAGAAUCCCAACCAGAACACCUGGAUUUGGGGGUCUGGGCAGUUUGGGGUCACCACAGAGGCUUUGGGAGGGGGGGGGGUUCACCCUUCCUCCUUGCUCUUCCUCCUGCCUCUUUCACCUUCACUUCACUUCCAAGACAAAACCAAACCCCUUUGCCCAUCUCUCCAGCUCAGCCCCCCUCAAACUGGGCACCCCCAGGAUGGGGCUGCACCCCCUUGGCAUCCUCGGGGCACCGCCAGCCUUGGCAUGAGGUGUUGUGGGAUCCCACGCGCCAGUCUGGGCACAAGGGGGGUGGCAGGAGAUGCCCUUGGGCCUGGAACCCCUGUGGAUUUGGGGUUAUCUGGAGGAGAGGAACCUCCAGAGGGGUUCCUCAGCUGGGAGGUCACCCCAUGGAUUCUGGGAGGGGUAACCUCACCUGGGAGGUCACCCCAUGGAUUUUGGGAGGUGUCACCUCACCUGGGAGGUCACCCCAUGGAUUUUGGGAGGUGUCACCUCAGCUGGGAGGUCACCCCAUGGAUUUUGGGAGGUGUAACCUCACCUGGGAGGUGUCCCCGUGGAUUUGGGGUUGUCUGGAGAAGAGGAGCCCUUUGUGAUGGGAGUAACCUCACCUGGGAGGUCACCUUGUGGAUUUGGGGUUGUCUGGAGGAUGAGGAGACCCUUGGAGAAGUGGUAACUUCACCUGGGAGGUGUCUCCAUGGAUUUGGGGGUCAUCUGGACAAGAGGAACCCUUUGAGAAAUGGGAGACCUCACCUUGGGAGCUGCAGGAAGAAUUUCACCACCUCUUCCACGGGGCUGGAAGUGUCCACCCCACACCAAACCCUGCCACCACCCGUGCCACCUUUGGGGACACCUUUGGGGCUCAGGUGAGGCAGAGGAGGCCCAGCUCGGUGCCACGCGGAGGUGACAGCGAGGGUUGUGACACUGUGGGGACACUGCAGAGGUGGCCACCGCGGCUCAGCUGUGCCAGGAGCACUGGGAAGGAGCAGGACGCGGAGUUUUUGGGGUGUUUUUCGGGUGGCUUUGAGGUGUUUUGGGUGGUUUUGGUGGUUUUGAGGUGGUUUCGGCGUUUCUCAGAUGGUUUUGAGGCGAUUCUGGUGGUCCUGAAGCGGUUUUGAGGUGGUUUUGACGUGGUUUUGGUGUUUCUGGUGGGUCUGGGGUGGUUUUGGCGUUUCUGAGAUGGCUUUGAGGUGAUUUUGGUGGCGCUGAAGUGGCUUUGGGGUGGUUUUGGAGAUUUUGAGGUGGCUUUGGUGGUUUUGACGUGGUUUAGGUGGUUUUGAGGUGGUUUUGGUUGUUUUGAGGUGGUUUUGCUGGUUUUGAGCUGGUUUUGGUUGUUUUGAGGUGGUUUUGAUGGUUUUGAGGUGGUUUUGCUGGUUUUGAGGUGGUUUUGACAUGGUUUUGGUGGUUUUGACAUGAUUUUGAGGUGGUUUUGGUUGUUUUGAGGUGGUUUUGAUGGUUUUGAGGUGGUUUUGCUGGUUUUGAGGUGGUUUUGACAUGGCUUUGGUGGUUUUGACAUGAUUUUGAGGUGGUUUUGAGGUGGUUUUGCUGGUUUUGAGGUGGUUUUGCUGGUUUUGAGGUGGUUUUGACAUGGUUUUGGUGGUUUUGACAUGAUUUUGAGGUGGUUUUGGUUGUUUUUGCUGGUUUCGAGGUGGUUUUUGUGGUUUUGAGGUGUUUUUUGAGGUCCCACCUGCCGUGGGGAGCGUGGCAGUGCAGCCCAGGGCAGCGGGCAGGGACCUGUGGAGGUGUCACCUGGCCCCAGGUGAGGAAGGAGCCGCUGAGGGUCAGAGAUUCCAUCCGAGGCCACUUCUGGCACUGAGAACCAAAGGGUUUGGUGGGGACGGGAGAAGAUUUGUGUCACACCCGGGCGGUGGCAGCGACACCGUGUCCAGGCCACCACCCCGUCCUUGGGGGGGUCCCAUUGGUGGCCCCACGUCCACCCGUUCGUGGGGUGUUGGGGCACGAGGAGGAUUUGGGGACCCACCUUGGAGGCUUCCUGGCCGGCACUGAACUCUCAAUAGACACGAAAGCCAUAUUUUGGGGGGCUCUGGAGAGGCCAGGGUGGGGGGCAGAGGCUGGGCUGUGUUGUUGUGCUGUGGUUUUUUGUUUUUUUUUUUUUUUUUUUUUUCUGUCUGUACAUAAAAAGAAAAAAGAAAAAAAAAAAGAAAAAAAAAAGGGAGCCAACGACCGUCGAUGUGACUUUAUAACCUUUCUAAUAUCCUGUGCUAAUCUCGGAAAAUAAUCCUAUAAAUAUAUCUGGAUUACACACCUUA